UGUAACCGUUGAGAUUGUCAAUUGUGUACCGACUAACACUACUUUACUAUUCGUUCAGGUAGCCUACUUCAUAUCUGAGUUGAAAUCCGCUGGAGAUGAUUCACUUGGAGAUGCCACGCCAGCGCCUUCUCUUUCAUCCCCGGCUGUUCCCUCACCAUGGUCAAGCCCUCGUAAAGUAGAAAGUCCUCAUCCUGUCAGAGACGAAUAUCAGUGUUGUAAAACAGUGGUGUUACCUGGGGCAUCUUGUUUGUUCGUCACGUUCGAUCCAAGGUGUGCCACACAAUACGAAUAUGAUAAGGUGAUUCUGUAUGCCGGCAAGACAACCACUGGUCGUAAAGUAGCGGAGUAUGGUGGUAACUCGUUCGGUGUGGGUAGUAGAGGAGUGAUACGAUUAGGUUGGCCCAAGGAACCUGUCAAGGUGGAGGGUGACGCAGUGACCAUCUCCUUUCAGUUGAAGAGUACACGAGAGCGUAACACUCCUGACAAUGCUGUGUGGGGAUUUAGCUGCAUUAUUAGCACCAAGGAGCACGAUGAAAAAUCUUCCAAGCUACCGUUCUUUGACGACUUGUGCCUUGGCCUCUCUGUGCUCACCCACAGCUUGCUGAACGUUAGGUACCAGGGUCCUCCAAGUACUGAGGCAGAAGAUGCCUGUCACCAUCUGCUCGAUUCGAAGCUACUGCAAAGGUGUGUUUGGCCGACUACUGCCGAGGGAGCGUCGGGAACUUCCGGGAUUACCAUUACUGUUGAGUCAGAAAAGGGUUCCACUACAAGUCUUGACAGUAUCGUGUCCAAACCGAGCUCGAAACUUUCUCCUGAACUUUUAAAACGUCUUAGAGGUGCAGCAGGCGUACCAGCCCCCACCCUCCGUCCCAGUCUGCGUCAAGCCCUCCAGUCUGACGCCAUCGAGGAAGUGGUGCUGCGGUGUGUCAUCAACCACCUGAGGCUCACCAAGACUGUGCAUGGACUGGAGCUUCUCCAGGCGACGGAGACAGAGGGCGAGGAGUACAGGCACCUGUGUGGCGUGAUGAAAGAUGUGUUCAGUCGACUGAAUGGUCUGAUCAGACAGCUUCAGAACAUGGCGGAGAUGGAACAGAAGUGGGCUCACGAGCUGGAUGAUGUGCGUGAAGGAAUCCUACAGCCGAGUGCUGCCUUCUUCAAUGACUUCCACUUACAAGAGGCUAAGAGCAAGGAACUAGAGUUGCUGUGCUCUCUGAAAAAUGUUGAGUUCGAUCCAAUCGAGCAGGAACAGUCUGUGGGCAAACUCAUACAACGUUUGGAAACUGAAGCGAAGACAGAACGCCAAGACAUUGAAAACACAUUGGACGUGAUGCCAGUGACCAAGAAGUUUCUGUUUUCAGUCAUGGAGUGUGCGGAGUUGCUGUGUAAUGUGACAAUCGAGUCCAGUGGAAAUAAAGUCGCUCCUGAGAGGAGUAUCUCGCACUGCAGCUUUGUACCUGAUCAUGGACAACAAUCACGACAGUCCACCUCCUUGAAUCAGCUUCAUACUCCUUCCUCACCGCUCCUCAGUCGCUCACUAUCAGCGCCGUCCACUCUGGAUCAGUCGACUACAGUUCAAGAAGGCAUACAUGACGUGCGCAGGUUACAACGCUGGAGAGCGAAUGUUCAAAAGAAGCACAGUCGAUGUUCUGCUGAAGAUCAGACGGACUGUGAUGUGAAUGUGAGGACUUUUGUUUCAACUGUGGCCGAGAUUUUCACUUUUAUUGGCAGUGAUCCCGAUAAAGCUGUGACUUGUUCCAGUUUCCUCGCUGCAGCUCGUGCCCGGAAUGAGCGGGGUCUGCAUCGAAUUCAAGCUCUUCAGUGUAUGAUAGAAUUAGUAACAGUUUGUUCUCGGAUUGGAACUCAUGUGCCUCACCUUCUCGCUUCUGUGGCCUCCAUUCUCGCGCAAGGACCACGGACUGAAGAGCUUAAGUGCGGAGGCAUGGUGCGAGAAGUGCGUGACAUGUUCUCGGCUGUAGUGCAAGCGGUGGUCCAACUGGCUUCCUCUGAGCCCACAGUGUACCGUGACAGCGUUGUGGUGCUCUCUGUCUGCCCAUUCUCCUGGCACGAGGAGCGCUGUGUUAUGAGAAGUAGUCUUGUGUAUCUGCUGGAUAAACUGUGUUCUUUGAGAAGCGAGAAAAGUGCCACAGCAGUCAAUCUAUCGGCCAUGGCUUGGGCCGGUUUUCAAGUCCUCUUGGAUCGAAUUGUGCAGUGGGAGAAUGAUAAAGAUUACCGCGCUGGUGCAAUCGAGUGGUCAGGCUUGGCUCAUCAGGUGUCCAGUCUCUUAUCAAACUACUUGAACUGUGUGUUGGAGGAGAGUCGUAAGGAUGGUGUUACUGCCAGAGACGCCCUGCAGUAUGUCAUGAAACUGUUACACGGCAUCAGCAGGUGACUUUGGUUAUAGAAUUCAAAUAGUUUAAGAAUUAUUGUUGCGAGGCUAAAUCAGCCCUCGAAGCAAAGUGUGGCAGUACAUUCAAGGCGUAAGCGGAAUCUUGAUUGAUUUGUCUUUGGCCGGACAGUGAAACUGACUUAUUCUGAAUUUGCGCGCUCUACUUUCGCGAGACACUUCGUGCGGCAUAAAUUCGCAGUUUGACACUUUCUUUGUAGCAGAGGACCCAUUCGCCUUAAAGGCGAUUUCCAGUCCGCACUGCGCAGUCUCAGCACCCUAAUGUUGUCUCACAGUCGAUGGAAUGCGAAUCGAUGUUGUUCGUUACGAACCACCUACCUCAUCUUUGAGGCCUUUCAAAUUCUUUUUCCAACACGGUCAUUGAUUUUUACAACUACGAAGUUGUCUCAUCAAGUGAUAUAAGAAAGAACGAAGCAUAAAGCUUCGGCCGCUUCGCAUUCAUAACGGCGGUUGUUUUCAGUGAAACUUUG